AGUUAGAAUUGGAGGAUGUACUUUUAGACAUGGACCUGUGGCAUGAACAGGAAGAGGGUGUUGUGGGGAUGGGCGUGAGAGGGUUAAUGCAGGUGUGAACAGGCGUGUGUGUGUAUGAGAGAGAGGAGAAAGUCUGAUUGACAAAAAGAGAGGCUAAGACAGCAACAGACGGGAAUUGAGAGCUGUUGAGAUGGAACAGACUGAGGAGGGGCAGAUGGAGAUUGCCAGAGAGAGAGCUGUCCCUGGAGUUAAUCUUCUUCCUCUCUCUUGUUCCAUUGCAGAGGCCACAGAUUGAGCAGCUUGUGACGGGAGGCGGUGCCAGCUGAAAGCUGCAGCUGGUGCCCAGGUAAAGAGCUGUGCCCUCACCAGCCUACGAUGCUAAGGGGCGAUCCUCUGCUCUCCUGGAGCCCCGGGGAGCAGCACAUUGGCAGCAGCGGCUGAAGAUUUGGCAGCAGGGAGCUUCCGAAAGUGUCCGGAAUCGCCCAGCUCCUGGCCCCCAAGGGCGGAUUGCGGAGCUGGGAAUCGGCAGCAUCUAUCGCGGCAUCAUCCUGAGGCCGGAUCCAGCAUUCCGGGCAGUGCCUUCUGCCAAGGUCACCCUGUCAGCGAGAACCUCAUGGAGGCCCAAUCAUAAGCUGUUCCAUCUUUUUGAAGUCUGUCCCAUUUCACACAGUGAUAGUGCCACACAACAUGAUGGAAGCCACCCUUAACAUGAAGGAUAUGUCACAGGACACGAGCAAUCCUGCCAUUUUGCUAUGAUCUCCAACCUUUCUGGAUUUGAAUACUGAUCCAGCUGCGUCAAUACACACUUUAUCAGAACAUUGGGAAGCUGCAUGCAGUUUCACCAGCUCCCGAAACAUCUCAGAGCAACCUUUUCAGAGAAAAGUCUUUGAAAUUGCUACUGAAAAGCUCGAAUUUGGAAAUUAAGCCAAAUCAAGUAACAACACUUCAAGUGCAGCAGUACAUUUUCUAGUAUCCUGAAUCUGAUUCCACCAGGAUUCAUAAUCCUAAGGAUCCAUCAGCUCCACUAUUCUGUGAUAUCUCCUGUCACAAUCCAGGCAGUUGUAGAAUUCUAGCUUCCUGUAGUUUAAUACCAUUGUCCGUCAGUAUCAGGGCACCCUGUAUCUAGGGACCACAAGCUCCCAGCUCCAGUUGGUACUUAGCUCAUAGCUUGCAAUUGAGGAAGGUUUUGGUGCCUCCAGCAAAAUGACAGUGGCCCAUGGAGACAAUGUCGAUGAAUUGGCUGCACUCCCCGUUCAGCCUCAGGAUCUGUAUGAGCCGGAGCAGGACCACGAGUGUUGUGAGAGAGUGGUGAUCAACAUCUCAGGCCUUCGCUUUGAGACUCAGCUCAGGACCUUGGCUCAGUUCCCUGACACCCUGCUUGGAGAUCCUAAGAAGAGGAUGGGCUACUUUGACCCUCUGAGGAAUGAAUAUUUUUUCGAUAGGAACCGUCCAAGUUUUGAUGCCAUCCUCUAUUACUACCAGUCUGGGGGGAGGCUGCGUCGACCUGUCAAUGUACCCCUGGAUAUCUUUUCCGAGGAGAUACGUUUUUAUGAGCUGGGGGAAGAGGCAAUGGAGAUGUUCAGAGAGGAUGAGGGCUUUAUUAAGGAGGAAGAGCGGCCUUUACCCACAAAUGAGUUCCAGCGCCAGAUCUGGCUGCUAUUUGAGUACCCUGAGAGUUCAGGCCCGGCUCGUGUUAUCGCCAUCGUCUCUGUCAUGGUCAUUCUCAUCUCAAUUGUCAGCUUCUGCCUUGAAACUCUGCCUGCCUUUCGAGAUGACAAAGAGAAUGCAGUUGGAGGGAGACCAGUAUUAAAUAAUGACACAGCGCCCUUUCACACCCCAACAUUUGCUGACCCCUUCUUCAUCGUUGAGACUCUCUGCAUCAUCUGGUUUUCCUUCGAGUUUCUAGUCAGGUUGUUUGCUUCCCCCAGCAAACCCAGCUUCUUUCGAAACAUCAUGAACAUUAUCGAUAUCGUGGCCAUCACCCCCUACUUCAUCACCCUGGGCACUGAGCUGGCAGAGCAGCAGCAACAGGCAGGCAAUGGGCAGCAGCAAGGGCAACAGGCCAUGUCUCUGGCCAUUCUGAGGGUCAUCCGCUUGGUCAGGGUCUUUCGGAUCUUCAAGCUGUCCAGACACUCCAAAGGGCUACAAAUCCUCGGGCAGACUCUAAAGGCAAGUAUGAGGGAGUUGGGUCUCCUCAUCUUUUUCCUCUUCAUUGGAGUCAUCCUCUUCUCCAGCGCUGUCUACUUCGCUGAGGCGGAUGAAGCAGCUUCAUACUUUGACAGCAUCCCCGAUGCCUUCUGGUGGGCAGUGGUCUCCAUGACAACAGUGGGGUAUGGAGACAUGUACCCCAUUACCAUAGGUGGCAAGAUGGUUGGCUCUUUGUGUGCCAUCGCUGGAGUGUUGACCAUCGCCCUCCCUGUGCCCGUCAUUGUCUCCAACUUUAACUACUUCUAUCACCGAGAAACAGAGAACGAGGAGCAGGCCCAAUACCUACAUGUGAAGAGCUGCCCAAACAUUCCAUCCACUACUGACCUGAAGAAAAGUAACAGCACUUCUAGUAUCUGCAAGUCAGAGUACACAGAGACACAGGAGGGUGUUGGUGGUGUUCGGGAUCCCCCGGAACAUAACCUGCACACUGACAAUUGUACUUUACCAAACCCCAACUACGUGAACAUCACCAAAUUGCGGAGUGAUGUGUGAGUGUCUCCUGGUUCCACACUAAGGACACAGCUCUCAAUGCUGUCUUGUCUGCUUGAUGUCUCUGUAGCUUUUAGUGUUCUAUAUCAGAGCAUAAAACAUUCACACAGUAA